UUGGUGUUGCUGUUCCUCUAAUGGUCAAUUGGGGUGAACUCUGAAUCCUAGUUAAAACUUGACUGAAAUGCAGCUACGAUAGGGCUGAGUUGGGGCAAAUGUUCACAAGCCUGGCAGAUUAUAGAGAGGUGGGAGCAUGAAUUCUGUUGCUGCACCAGUAAAUAGGAGCAUACGCCGCACCUCCUCUGUCUCUCCUCUGAGGCGUGUGAGCGUGUGUGGGAUAUAGACACAGGCAGACCCAUCGCUGGCAGAAGCUGCUUCUCAGUUCCAUUGCGCUUUCUCGCGGAGGGGAGGAUAAAGUUGCCCUACACCCUGCACCUACCGAGGGACUGCAGACAAGUCGCUGUAGGAAAGAUUCCGUGCAGCUGUAACAUAGCAUUCCCCCGGCACGGGCUGCACCUGUGUUCUUUUGGUUGUCGCUGCACAGUCGCGCGAUUCCUAUUUGCGGCAGUUAUGGGGAGCGAGAGAAGCCCCGGCGUUUGGACGCUGCUAUUGGGACUUGCCGCGCUGCCACGCUUGUCUGACGGGGGAUGUGUAGAAGCCGGGAAGUGCUGCCAGGGGAGAGCCAUGAAUUGUACCACCCAGGGCUGGAGGAUGGAUCGGGUUUAUGGCACUUGCUUCUGCGAUCAGGCGUGCGGACUAACGGGCGACUGCUGCUUUGACUACUCCCAGGCGUGCCCAGCGCGUGCCUGCAUUGUGGGAGAAUGGAGUCAUUGGAGUGGCUGCGCAGAUCCCUGUACCCCAACAAUACGUGUACGUAGAAGACAAGUGGUACAGGAGCCGGAAAAUGGGGGAGAUCAUUGUCCGACGCUGGAAGAAAAGGCUGGAUGUCUUGAUUACUUUACAUCCCAGGGCAUGGAAUGUGCACAGUCUCAUGUGACCGCUUUCAUCACGACCUUUGAAUACAACAAAUCGAGAAGAAGACGGGCCUUAUCUCCAAACUGGGCUACCGAAAAGGAAGAUCCAGGUUAUUGCGUGGAGUUCCAGGUGAAAUCGUUGUCUCCGGAUUGCUUGAAAGAAAGUCGCCCUCAUGCACGCUGGAUGCAAUACUUGCGGGAAGGAUACACUGUAUGCGUGGCAUGUCAGCAUCCAGCUAUGAAUAUCAGGAACCAUCGUUGUUAUGGAGAUGGCAGGAAUGCUAAUGGACUUCUUCAUUGGGAGGCAGUGGGAAAUCCUCAGUGUCAAGGAACUUGGAAGAAGGUGAAAGAAGUCGAGAGCUGUUCAUGUCCGUCGGUCCAUAGUUUUAUAUUUACAUGAUGCUUCCAAAAAACCGUCUACAAACACGAUGUACAUAUUCCAGGAGGGACGAUAUUUGCAGCAUGAACUGAAUUAAUGGUGAACUAAUCAACGCUGGAGGGAUGGACUGCAUUCUCCCCCCUAGUUUCCAGGCGUGUAGCUUGAUGGAUAAAUUUGUUAAAAUUUUAGAUGGAGUUUUCCUAAAAUUGUAAAAAAAAAUGUGAUCGCCAAUAUAGUCAAGUUUAAAAAAAAAAAAAAAAAAAAAAGGCAAAUAUGUUAAUGAAAACCGGCAACAAGAUGACACUUUUUUAUUUUUUUAUGGAAAUUGGAAGUGUAUAUGAAGAUUUCAAGCAGCUUUAUUUUUUUCAUUUGAUUGAAAGAUUUUACAGCCUCGUUGAAGAUGACCGGAACUAUGCACCUUUUCUUUGCGACCUACUUUUUUCCCCCAGACCAAACACAAUUAUUUGAUUUGAAAUUCAUUGAAAAUAUGCUAGUGAUCAAGAAAAAAAAAUGCACAAAAAAAGGA